AUGUACUCCGCCCAGCAAACCGGCGCUGAUAAUGCGACAAUCAAUCCCGCCGCUCUCAGCUCGCCUAGUCUUUCGCACCAACCGCAACGCUCGCUCAAGCGCAGUCAUUCUCCUGUACUUUACGACGUGCUACAGUCCGGUGAUGAUGGUGAUACGAAACCACUCCGGAAACGAGCCAAACCAAUGAAUAAACGAUCUUCGGGGAGCAUUUCUGAGGCUCCUGGGCAGGCUGCAGCCUCGACCCUCCCUCAGGCGAUCCCUCCACCCCAGACUCCCCAAUCUCAAGGCUCGACGUUGCCACAAGCCAGCCCUGCCUACACACCGGCACAGACGCAAAUGCCACCCAAGACCACUCCAACAAAGUCGACUCUGAAGGCGCUGCCAACUGUACGAGACCAUACAACUGAUCAGCUCAAUGCAUCUGGCGAUGAAUACCUGCCUCGUGAGAUUGACGAGUUUGGAGAGAAGAAAGUACAGCAGAACGGCACACUCAACGGAGGUCGAGAAUACAAGUGUCGAACCUUUCUAGUUCCUAACAGAGGAGACAAACUGUUCAUGCUUGCCACUGAGUGUGCUAGGGUUCUAGGUUACCGAGACUCGUAUCUCCUGUUUAACAAGAACAGGUCACUAUUCAAGAUUAUUGCCAGCCAGGCCGAAAAGGAUGAUUUGGUCGCGCAAGAAAUCCUUCCUUUCUCGUAUCGUUCUAGGCAAAUUGCCAUUGUUACCGCCAGGUCAAUGUUCCGACAAUUUGGAAGCCGUGUAAUUGUCAACGGGAGAAGAGUUCGCGAUGAUUAUUGGGAAACCAAGGCUCGGAAACAGGGCUUCACCGAAGCUGACCUAGCUGGCGAAAAGCGCCCCGGUGCUACAAAGGCAAGAGAGGCGGCCGAGGCGCAGCAGAACAACGUCUUGCUGGCUGGACCCCAUCCAGAGAUUGUGUAUAGCAACAACCCAGGACCGUUCCCCGGCCCCCCACAGCCGCACCUUGUUCAACCAGGUAUGAUCGGACCGCCACCCGGAACUACGACAAGAAUGCCCGGAUUGACACUAGGAUCAGACCUCAGCGACUCCCGGCCGCGCGAUUACUCGGGAAUCCUCAAAGGCGGACCUCGUCAGGAGAUCACCGGCCCUGCUUACCAAGACCAGACUCGUCCUUCACCCCUCGGGGAGCUCAAUGCCCAAGCCCAUCAUGCCGCAGAUUUCAGCAGGUCAGUUAAUCAGCAGCGAGAUAUGCGCAACGACUAUCUCCAGGGCAUUUGGCGACGCCCACACGAGCAGCCUCCCUCCAAUCUGACCCAGCAGCCUGUGGCUCCGGCCGAUAAUUCCAAUCCUGCAACCAGCCGACCGUCACAUUCACCCCAUACCACGGCCACGGCCAUGUCACAGCAGCCUGGAUUGGUAUCCACGCAGAGCCCUCAGAUGAUGAUGACCACCGCGCCUUACUCACAGUCUAUCAGCGCCCAGAGCAGUCUUACUCAGGCGCCGAUGAGAGGUAUGGCUCACUCACCAACACAGUCGAACAUCAGGCCAACACUCCCAGGUUCCACAGGCUCCAUGUCACAAGGAACGCCCGGCUACAACUACCAAUCAGGUCAAAUGUGGCCACAGACUCCUCAGGCGCCUCAGCACAGCUAUGGCAGCUACACUGCCCAGUCCCAAGCGCCUCACCCCUCACAGUCACCUUCUUCACAUCUCCGCCAGUCUAGCUCUGGCCAGAUGCAGAGUAUGCAAUUCCCCGGCAUGUCUGGCAUGCAGUAUGGUGCGGGACAGAGCAUGUACCCCACGGAUCAGACGCCCCGGCAAUACAUGCCUCAAGGCGGAGCAGGGGCACCUUCUGUAUCACAGGGUUGGUCUGGUCAGCAUUCACCAGCCCAGCAAUGGUGGACUCCUGGGCAGCAGCCUCAAUAGGAGGCCCAUGGUGGUGAUACGAAAUGACGGAAUGAUCUUCUACAUUUACUUCUUUCUCUCAUUCGGAGAUUCGAGCUGCUCGUACGGUAUUAUUGUUUUCUUCUUCUCCCAUUGUCUUUGUGUUUCAUAUAUUUUGGGCUUGAAGACUACUCUCUUCUUUGGUCUAAACCCUUCCUUAGACAUUCAAGCAUAUAUGUCGGUGGGGAGGCUAUGUGCAUAUCAAUGGGCCUAUUUGGCUUCAAGAAUUGCUUAUAGUAUUUGGACUAGCCGGGAUAGAGGAGUCGCACGGAUAGGGAUAUGGAAUCGCUGCUUGCCUCUUUCUUCUUCUUUCUAUUACUUUUCUUUGCUCGUGGGAUUGAAUUUACUCUGGGUUGGUUUGGUUGAGUACAUGCGUGAACCACAACAUACCAUGUUAUUUCUUGUUACAAGCCGAUGAGGGCUAGUUGGGAGGCAUUGAAUUUUGUUUUAUAUAUCUUCUCUUUGGGCAAACUAUUGGUUGGUUUUUCUUUGCGGUUUCGCGAGUGAAGUUUCGAUGACGACUCGCUUAUGCGUUGCAGGAUGUUCUUUGUGCUGGCGAGGCAUA